AUGGCGGCUGUUAAAUCCGCUCUCGAAGUACCAAGCCAUAGCCAGGUUGAGUCGGGGUCAAUGAGCUUGCAUACAUCAAGCCCUUAUGGUACAUUCGUUGGAAUCUACGACGGUCAUGGUGGUGGUCCCAAUGCUUCUGAGUUUAUAAAAAACCAUCUCUUUGAAUUGUCAAAAGUAGUUUUAGCACUUAGGCAGAUUCAUGUUACUCUUGUAGUUCAAGUGGAUAUAUGUUUUAUGGGAAUAGUUCAAGAUGGCAAGCUAAUUCCGUCGUAUGUUUGUUACUCACGUGAUGCAGGAUUAACGUCGGAUCUUGGAGAAAUGUCAAGUGAUGUUCUUGAUUUAUCAUUUUUUGCAUUAGAUGAAAAGUAUACUCACUUGGUUCAGAAUGAAUCAGAAGCUUUGCCAAAUUUAUUGUCUGCGGGAUCGAGCUGUUUGGUGGGCAUCGUAAUAGGAGGACGGACUACAAGAUCAAUCGGUGAUGUUUACCUGAAGAGCUGGGAGUUCAGCACACGGCCUGAAUUGCCGAAAGAAUAUAGGGUGGAUAAAAAGUUUGACAAGCCGAUCAUUUCGUGUAAACCGGCCCUAGUCGACCAGGAACUUCUCCCUAAGGAUAGAUUCAUUAUAUUUGCUUCUCCUGGGCUAUGGAAAUACGUUGCCGAUGAAGAAGCAGUUGACAUGGUGAAAAAUUUGUCGAGAAAGGUAAGAUUCCUGAUUUUGUUGUUAAUCGUUGAUGAAUCCGCGAAUUUCUGA